GUGAAUUACUGAAAUAAACUCUAUGGCUGUUUUGGAGACAAACGAAAGGGUGCCUGGAACAGAACACCUCACUUUCGCUUCCAAUUUAGGCAACAGUGUUAUUGCUGCUUUGGAGACAGACAAGAGGGUGUUUGGAACAGAACACCUCGUUUUCUCUUCCAAUUUAGGCAACAAUGUUAUUGAUGGUGAAGUUGCACUUAAAAUUGGACAGAACUUUUUACAAUUAAAUGCUGUGGUAAGAGCUAACAGGAUGGAAUAUGCUGUGGUAACAGCUAACAGGAUGGAAUAUUUAGCUCAUUGCUUUAAAAGAGGAAUCCAACAGUCUAUCCGAACGCUGCAGCAUUUCUUGCCAGAUUGGCAACCAAAUCCAAGGAAUAGAUAUUUGGCACCUUUUUUGGCCGCACCCAUAAUUUAGGGAUGCAUAGGCAGGAAAUACAAGAAAAACAUUUGGUUAUUAUUAUUAGAAUUUAAAUUUAGGAUUUUCCUUAUAUAGUGUGAAAAUUAUUAAUUACUAUUAUUAAUUAUUUCCGUAUUUCUUUGCCACAA